AUGGCCUCAAUGCUCGAUCCUUCACUCAAUACAACUCCUUUAGUAGAGUACGAUUAUCCUCCCGCCCCUGGAACCGCAGACCCAUUCAUGGGUACGGAUACCGAACCGUUUUACCUUAUCAAGCAUUUGAUAUAUCCCAUCGGCUUCCGAAAUCUCACAAGGCCUUUCGGCAUCGUUAUCCCAAAGAACUACUCUGGUACCGCCGAAGUUUUUGAAGGAAUCCACCCGCCCCAAAAGAAACUAUUUGAUCAUUUAUGA